GGCCUCAUGCCCCGCUCUCGUCCUCAGGGCCCCGCCCUGCAGCCACCCCCGCCCACGCCGGGCGGAGGUUCGGCCAAACUGUUGUGCCGCAACGGCUGCGGAUUCUUUGGCAACCCGGAGUGGCAUUGGUAUUGUUCGAAAUGUUGGCGGGCCCAUCCUCAACGCAGCUUGGUAGCUCCGCCCACCACCCGCUCAUCUGGCCUGACACUCGGACCACCCGCCAGCCCUCGAAGCCGACCGGCAUCGGCCGGGACAUCGGCUGGGGGGGGCGGUUCAACCACACGGUCCAGUGGGGAUCCACGCGCUUCACAUUCGGGUCCUAAAGCGCCUUCGGGCGACCUCACUCUCCGACAACGACUCAAGCUCACUCCGAAAUCGCCACGUAGCCCUGCUUCGGCCACUGGCGCCCCAUCCGGGCCACCGGCCACCUUUGAUUGGCGCCAACAUUUGUCGAAUUUACCUCACAUUCGGGCCUCAACCGAAUGCUUGAGUGCCGGGCAAGUCUUGGCUAGUCAUUUACGCCAUUGGGUGGACGGGAAGAGUCUGGCCGAAAUUUGGGUUCUCAUCCACACCCUUCUGGAAAAAAUCGACGCCAGUCACGAGACCACGCCCAUCGAUACAAUUGCUAGUCAAGUCCAAGAAGUCUACCUAACUUUGAGGGCGAAAUUCAUUCAAUGGGAUGUUCCAGAUGAUGAUUUGUCCGUGAUUCUGGAGCAAAGUGAGGCCUAUUUGAGCCUUGCCACUUACCCACUCCUGUUUUGUCCCUCUUCCACCAACGACGAGGAAAAGGAUCUUCGUUUACAGAAUCGCAUUCGAUCAUUAAACUGGAUCACCACCCAAGAGCUUCGAUGUGUCAUUCAAGAAUCUUCCCAACGAGUUCGUGAUUUACUCCAUGAUGCCAUUAACGACAUUGUGGCCUUGGACAGCCAACAAACACCGCAAGCCAAACUCAAGAGCCUAGUCACUUGUUGUAAAAAGCUGAUCGAGAUGCUUCUCAUCUCCAAUGAAAAAGCAGCCUCCGCCGACGAGUUUCUCCCUUGUCUGAUCUACGUCUGUCUCAAAGCCAAUCCGCCGCGCCUCCAAUCCAAUGUGAACUAUAUCACUCGAUUUUGCAUCGAAGACAACCUUCGAAUGGGCGAUGGUGGAUAUUACUUUGCUAGCUUGUGCAGCGCUUUGUCCUUCAUCGAAAAUAUGGAUGCGGCUUCGGUUGACAUGGAUUCCACGGAUUUUCACAAUUAUGUCACCGGUCGCUCCUUGCCACCCGGAUCUUGGAAAUGCACUCUCCUAAUGAGCGAAGGCCUCCAAGUUAUGGUCCAAAAUAAGCGCAUUCUAGAGUCUUUGUCCGAACGGCAACACCAAGCUCUGACCCAAACCACAAGUCUCAGCCAACAGAUGGACAACUUCGCCCAAGAGAUCCACGAAGAGGUGGCUGAUAUUCUAAGAAAGACGGCCUACGUGAUCAAGGCUCCUCGGACGGUGAAGAGAUUGCAUUUCCCUGUGACAUCCUCAUCCACCAAAGAACCGCCGUGUUCCAAAUUAGUCGACCUACCUACACCAACUGGCCAUCAGCUCAGCUUGGACAAUUUUGAAGGAUGUUCCACCCAAAACGCCAUUCCGGGGAUAGUGUGUCAAAACUUGCAACAUCUUUCCCUACAAGAGGAAGAUGACGAUUUAAUGUAAUUAUCUUUAUUUGCAAAAUGUACUUUGCGAGUCCUUUUUCAUUUAUAAUACAUAUACAAGUUUGAAAACAUGA